AUGUUCCUCAUUCAAACCAUCCUUUCCACCCUUUCUCUGGUUUCUCUCGCAUUUGGACGUCCAACGCUGGAGCAAAGAGAUCUCGUAUGCAACGGACGCGCGGAGCUCUGUGAUAGAAGUUAUGGAAACGUGACUUUUCUCACAUCCCAUGAUUCGUUUGCGUAUUCGACCAAUCCGCUUGAACUUGCCCGAACUCAGUCACUGGACCUUACAGCGCAAAUGAACCUCGGUGUCCGAGCAUUACAAGCACAGAGUCACAUGAAAGACGGAGUAUUGCACUUUUGCCAUACCAGCUGUCUCUUGUUUGAUGGGGGCUCUGUACUCUCAUAUCUUCAGACCGUCAAGAGGUUUAUGGACUCGCAUCCCAACGACGUGUUUACGUUCAUCUUUACAAACCCAGAACGCCUGUCACCAAAGAAUAUAUGGGACCCCGUCUUUCAGCAAUCGGGACUUGCUUCGAUGGCAUAUGUACCUCCUCGUCGCCCUCUGAAGGCUUCGGAAUGGCCGACCCUUCGCCAGUUGAUCCAGACCGGCAAACGUCUUGUCGUCUUCAUGGAUUAUGGUACCAAUACAGCAGACGUUUCCUAUAUUUUACCCGAAUUCGACCACAUAUGGGAGCCGCCAUUCUCGUCGACGGAUCCAUCGUUUCCAUGCAGGGUGGAUCGCAUGAACGGUCCUCUCAGCUCACAAGAUCACAUGUUCAUGAUCAAUCACAAUCUCAACGCCAGAGUCUUUCCGUCUCUUCGCGCACGUUCACCAUUGCCCGCUCCCACAGCAGCACCCGGGUGGUUUGACGAUCUCACGAGUGCCAUUCACAAUGCUGGCGGUAUGAUCAACAGCGGGAUCCAGCAAGCCGGAAGCAUGAUCCAAAGCGGUGCAUCAUCCGUCGGAGGAGCGAUCCACAGUGCCAUUUCAUCGGCUAUUAACCAAGGUCAGGAUGCGGCAAACUCGGUUCUGGUGCCCGACUAUCUCAGCACGCCGACGACAAACAGCAUGCGCUCCAUUCUCGCCGAUUCAAACGGCUGCGCGCCGUUUUCGGGUGGAAAGGCGACGAAUUUUGUCAUGCUGGACUUUGUCGAAGUGGGCGAGGGAAUGAGGGCAGUAGAUAGGUUGAAUGGGUUCCUGUAG